GCAGUCUGGUGUCAGCAGGCUGACCGCUGUACGCAUUGAAAUCUUACAGCGCUGAAAAGGCACAACAGCAAACGAGAGCUGCGCUGGAGUUGAUGGCUGUAACACAGCUGUUGCUGAAGAUGUUUGCAGUACAUUCCUACGUAAACCUCGGUCAGAACAGAGCUGUCCUUUCUGAAAUGCAACCAACACUUUGUUCUCCAAAGUAACACCAAGCUGAAUGUUUUUGUUGUCUUGAUAGUAAACUGCCCUUUAUUAAAAUGAAUGCUGUUCCUUCUCAAGGAGCUUCUUUCUUUUCUUCAAGAAGAAAAAGACUUUUUGGUAAUGAAAUGUUUGGAGACAACUCAGUAGGAUCGCUGCAAAUUGAGACAUCUUUGGUAUUGCCUCAUUGGGAAACAAACAUUAUCUUUAACUCGAAGCCGUGGCUCAGUGUGCAGGUUGGAUGAAGCCGUACCUCUGUUAGGUUACUGUCCUGUAUCUGGCAGUGCUGUGUGGAACUGCUGCAGUGAGAAAGUCGCUGUGUGUGGAAGUGGCUCAGUGAGGUCACGCAGGAUGGGCCCUUAGCAGAGCGGCCUGCAGGCUGAGGUGUGCGCAGCAGAGCCAGGCAGCUGUGCUGGGAGCUGCGUGCCUGCAGGUGAGAUGUGUGCUGCACAGACAGCAUCUGGGAAGGCUGCGUGUCUCAGGGUGGGACGGACAGCUGAUCCUUUCCUGUGUGUAGGAUAGGAGCUAGCAGUUGUCAGAAGAUGCCCAGUAGCGUUGUCGGAAUUGGUGCAUGUCACUGUGGUAUAUUACAGCAGCAUUUUAAUUAAGCAAGGAAAUCAUUUGGCAGUGCUGCAAAGUGUUGUUGGGUGCUUAACAAUCUGAGCUCCGCAGUUUCUGCACUUGCUUUGAAGGAGAUGCCACAUGCAUUCCUAGGGCAGUGCUGGUGCUCCUUUUGUGUGUAAGGUAAGCUGUGCUUCUGUCACUGCAGAAGGAACGAUAGGUGAUCAUUUACAGCCCAGCUUUUCUCCUCCAUAAAAAAACAGUAAAUAUUGAACUUUAAAACGGUAUUCCUGCGAUACAGGACAGUAUUGGAAUCACGUUGGUAGUCAAAAGUCAUACAGUGCAAAUGUCUUCUUCAUAAUUUGCCAUUACGGUGGCAGUUGCUCUGAUAGAUGCAACCACAGAUGGUAAGAUGGGAGGAAAGGCAUUUUGUGGCUGCAGGUACCACUGAGAGCUAGAUGAGAACUUUAUUGACUUUUUUUCAGAAGUGGGAAGUUAUUUUUGUUCUAGUAUUUGGAGUUGUUUUGAGAUGCAGAACUUGCACGUUGAGAGUGGACAGGGCAGUGCCAGGUGUGGCGAGGACAGCUUUAGUGUGAAGGCAGUGGAGCGGGGCAAGGGCUGAGGGCUGUCACCUGCAGGGCUGUGCAGGGACGGGCUGUGCUGUGUCUGUGGGUGCAGCCCAGUUUGCAUUUCAGAACUGCUGCAUUUACCGUUGUUUUUUCAUUUUGCUCUUUGAAAUGCCAGCCUGCUGCUUUUCUAAAAGUGUAACAGCUGCAGCUAAACAAACGUUAUACCAUUUUGGAUGGCUAAGAUAGGCUCUUCAUCUCUUCAUGCCAGAUAGAAUUUUGUUAGCAUAAUUUCACAUUACAAUCCUUGACGUGGAGGCAGUCCUGCUCACAUAAGUAUGUUGGUACAACUGUACACUUCUUAACAGUAUAAGGGAGUGUGAGCUAUGGAGGUGAGAAUAGACAGCAUUGGUCUGAGGAUAAGGCAAUAUAAACAUAUAUAUGCAUUAGAAGCAAAAAAAAAGAAUCCCAAUUAUGUUAAUUUAGUUUAAAUAUAUAUGCGUGUGUGUAUAUAUAUAUAUAUAUACAGGAGGCUUUUUGUGUGUAUGUGGAAGGUUUGUUUUGAUGACAUGAUGUGUUUUGGGAAAAAAUGCCCUUGCUUUGAUAGUCAGGUUAGCCAGAUUGGCUGCUCAUUUGAGGCUUUCAGGAUAUGGUACAAGAACCAACUUCAUGUUCUAGAUGUGAAUGCUUUCCAGGAGGGCAUGGCUCUUACUUACCUACUUGAGGGCUGUGUGCCUGCAUAGAGAAGAAUACAUAUUCUUCAGAACUGAUGUUGAAAGACAAAAUGGAUCUCAAAUUCAGCAUCUCGUUCUUACUGCAAAAUAACCCAGGAGUGCUUUUGAAAGUGUUACGACAGUUGAUGGCUUUAAAUAAGAGUGGAACGAGUUCCAUACUUUGUGUAGUGAAUCACUUGUGCUUACUGCUGUUUUUGUCCUUGGAGGGUUGGGUUUUCUUGUUUGUUUUAAAGAUGGCGUUAAAGAUGGUUGACCAAAAACUGGUUCUUGUGGUUGGGUCCUACAGCUGUGUGAUUGUCUCUUGAAUAAUCACACCUUCAGGUUCUAGGUUGACCAGAUCAGGUGGCAAAAUGUUUGAUUUAAAGUCCAUUUUUCAAGAAGCAUGUUAAACAAUUUGCAAGAAAUAGAAUUUGAGUAACUGCAAACAGCCUGUCCACCAAAGUGAUAUUCAUUACCUCCCCUGUCCUGUCUGUGUAGGUUGGCAUGCUCUCCGGCCUGGCAUCAGCAGCUGCUGAUCCUUCCCUGCCUCCAGCUCCUUCUCCCUCCUUCACACCUCAGCCAUUCUUUCCUUCACCCCUUUUUUCUCUCCUGUGUAUUGAUUGCUGAUGUGCCUCUGGAUUUCGUAGUUCUCCGCUUGCGGUGCAUCUGGGCCAAAGGAAUUGUUAGUGAUGCAGAUUCAUAGCAGCAACAGUACGGGGGCAAAAUAUCUCUUGAAAUCAAAGUCAGCAAAAUAUUUGUCUUAAAAUGCUUUUUCUUUUUUCUCCCUAAAAAAGUUCAUUGUGUUUCUGACCUUCUGUUUUGUUUUGUUUCCUCAUUGCUGCUGCUAUGAAUAUCGAAGGUUCCCGAGUCAGACGGAAGACAGCAGUAGCAGAGGUGGAUUAACGCUGGAAUGUAGUCAGGGACUGGAGCACUUGGGAGCUAUGCUUAGACAGAAAGGGAACGAGCAGGAUAUGACCCUUCUUCUAUGUCCGGGCUUCGGCCUCACACAGUAGGUGUAAUAUAAUCGCUGGUGGGCGUUCUGGAAGGAGAAUUAUUUUUGAAGGCUUUUGCAUGAAACUUGUCCAAUGAGUCUGAGACGCCCAAGCACCAUUAAUUUUGGAGGAAAAAGAUGGAGUAUUGCAUGCUGGGAACAAGUGCUUUCCAUAAGGUACAGCAGCAGCUCAUGAUGCCCCGUAAAGCUUUUCUUUCCCAGAAAGAAAAGCAGGCUCGUGCCAGGGAAAGAGAUAUGUUAAAAAAGAGAAGGAGGCGACAAGACUAUCUCAAAAGAAGCGUGGACCCACAGAAAAAUGCAGAAACAAUAAAAUGGCACAGGGAUGAUGAGAAGAGGAGAGAAAAUGAGCAAGUUAAGGACAAAGAUAUCAAGAAGCGAUGGAGACAGGAUGAGAGAGAACGACGAAAGAAUGUGGACGCUAUGAAUUGGCGCAGGGAAGAUGAGAAGAGGGAAAAUGAGCGAGAAACUAUGUUCCAACUUCCUGUCAACAACCUUGGCAGUUUAAGAAAGGCCCGGAAAACUGUGAAAAAAAUACUUAGUGACAUUGGUUUGGAAUACUGUAAAGAACAUAUAGAAGAUUUUAAACAGUUUGAACCUAAUGACUUUUAUUUGAAAAACACUACAUGGGAAGAUGUAGGAUUGUGGGACCCAUCACUUACGAAAAAUCAGGACUAUCGGACAAAGCCCUUUUGCUGCAGUGCAUGUCCAUUUUCCUCGAAGUUCUUUUCAGCAUACAAAAGCCACUUCCGGAAUGUCCAUAGCGAAGACUUUGAAAAUCGGAUUCUCCUUAAUUGUCCAUACUGUACUUUCAAUGCGGACAAAAAGACUUUGGAAACGCACAUUAAAAUAUUUCAUGCUCCAAAUGCCAAUACACCAAGUGGAGGCAUCAGCACUUUUAAAGAUAAAAACAAGCAUGAUAGCCUUAAACCUAAGCAGGCUGACAGUGUAGAACAAGCUGUUUAUUACUGUAAGAAGUGCACUUACCGAGAUCCGCUCUAUGAAAUUGUUAGAAAGCACAUUUACAGGGAACAUUUUCAACACGUAGCUGCUCCUUACGUAGCGAAGGGAGGUGAAAAGUCACUCAAUGGUGCAGUUCCAUUAAGUUCCAGUACCCGGGAAGAGGGUAGUAUUCAUUGCAAACGAUGCCUUUUUAUGCCGAAAUCAUAUGAAGCUUUAGUACAGCACGUUAUUGAAGACCACGAACGCAUAGGGUAUCAGGUAACAGCGAUGAUAGGUCACACUAAUGUAGUGGUUCCAAGAUCUAAACCUUUGAUGCUAAUAGCUCCAAAACCACAGGACAAGAAGCCUAUGGGACUCCCUCAGAGGAUGGGUCCCCUUUCCCCUGGGAGCGUUCGAUCUCUUUCAUCACAACAGAUGAUGAACAGACUCACUAUACCAAAGCCUACAUUAAAUUCUGCAGGAGUGAAUAUGAUGUCAAAUGUUCACUUACAGCAAAACAAUUAUGGAGUCAAAUCAGUACCACCAAGUUAUGUUGGUCAGCCAGGGGGAAGGCUGAGCUUAAGUGGUACUGCACCAGUUUCUAUUCCACAGCAAUCUCAAACAAUGAAACAGUUCUCAAGUGGAAAUGGAAGGCCUUAUACUCUUGGGGAACAGAGAUCUCAGGCCUCAGCGAGAUACUCUCUUCAGUCUGCCAACUCAACUUCUUUGUCAUCAGCUCAGUUGAAACAAACGUCGUUAUCUCAGUCACAGGCAGCUUCAAGAGUAUUAGGUCAGUCUGGCUCAAAAUCGCCUGUAGCUGCUACAGGUCCUUCUUCUGUCAAUACAUCAUCCACACAAAAGUGGAAAAUCUGUACAAUCUGUAAUGAGCUGUUUCCUGAAAAUGUGUAUAGUGUUCACUUUGAAAAGGAGCACAAGGCUGAAAAGGUGCCUGCAGUAGCUAACUAUAUAAUGAAAAUACACAAUUUCACUAGCAAAUGUCUAUACUGUAAUCGCUAUUUACCCACUGAUACAUUGCUUAAUCAUAUGUUAAUACAUGGUUUGUCUUGUCCGUAUUGCCGUUCAACCUUCAAUGAUGUUGAAAAGAUGGCUGCUCAUAUGCGAAUGGUUCAUGUUGAUGAAGAAAUGGGACCUAAAACUGAUUCCACUUUAACGUUUGAUUUGACGCUGCAGCAGGGUAGUCUCACAAAUAUACAUCUUCUUGUAACGACCUACAACCUGAGGGAUGCUCCUGCUGAAUCUGUAGCUUAUCAUGCUCAGAAUACACCUCCAGUUCCCCCAAAACCACAGCCGAAAAUCCAGGACAAGUCUGAUGUACCCGUGAAAAGUUCUCCACAAGCAGCAGUUCCCUACAAGAAAGAUGUGGGGAAAACUCUCUGUCCUCUGUGCUUUUCAAUCCUAAAAGGACCCAUCUCUGAUGCACUUGCACAUCAUCUACGGGAGAGGCAUCAAGUUAUUCAGACGGUUCAUCCAGUUGAGAAAAAACUAACCUACAAAUGCAUUCAUUGCCUUGGCGUGUAUACCAGUAACAUGACUGCCUCAACUAUAACGUUGCACCUUGUUCACUGCAGAGGUGUUGGGAAGACUCAGAAUGGCCAGGACAAAGGUACUUCAUCAUCUCGGCUAAGUCAGUCUGCAGGUGUAGCACCUGUAAAACGUACUUAUGAACACAUGGAAUUCUCUCUGAUGAAGAGGAGGAAAAUGGAUGAUGAUGACUCCCCCUCUGCCUUUGAGGAAAAGCCUGAAGAACCGGUAGUUCUAGCAUUGGACCCCAAGGGUCAUGAAGAUGAUUCCUACGAAGCCAGGAAAACAUUUCUCACAAAAUAUUUUAAUAAGCAACCAUAUCCAACUAGGAGAGAAAUUGAAAAGCUGGCUGCCAGUUUGUGGCUAUGGAAAUCUGAUAUUGCAUCUCACUUCAGCAACAAAAGGAAAAAAUGUGUCAGAGAUUGUGAAAAAUACAAACCUGGUGUGCUGCUUGGUUUCAAUAUGAAAGAAUUAAACAAAGUUAAACAUGAAAUGGAUUUUGAUGCUGAAUGGCUGUUUGAAAACCAUGAUGAAAAGAAUUCCAGAGUUAAUGUUAGUAAGACUGUUGAUAAAAAAAUAAACAUAGAAAAAGACAAUGAAAGUUCAUCAGACAGCUAUGAGAAUAUAGAAGAAGAAUACAAUGAAAGCAGUAGUCCAUUUGGUCCACAUAUUUCUGACAUUGGUGAGAAAGCUUCUCCUGAUAGCAUAGCAGAGAACCCAGAGGAUGGCAUAUCCAAGGAAAUCAUUGAAGAAAGUACAUUACCAUCUCCAGAAAAGUCUGAUCAAAAACAAGAAGAAAGCUCUAAAUAUGAGGAGAUUAUUUCUGCCGAAGAGCAGAGAAAACUGGUUGGUGAUGUUUCAGAUAGUGAAGGUUAUCAGGAGGAUCAAGAUGAUGCUGUUGAAUGGAAAGAUGGAGCUUCGCAGUCUGAAAGUGGGCCUGGUUCUCAGCAAGUUUCUGAUUUUGAAGAUAACACAUCAGAAGUAAAACCAGAAGUGUGGACGGAUGAAUCCUCACAAAGCGAAGAUGUUGGUAGCAGCAAACCGACUGCAGAGACAAAAGGAGGUGGGUCUGAGAGUGAUGAAGAGCAGUCAAAGUGGAAGAAUCGUUCCUAUGGAAAAGUAGAAGAGUUCUGGGCUAAGGACCAGUCGCAGUGGAAAAAUACAUCAGAGAUUGAGGAGAGCUUGUCAAAUCAGCAGAUGGAAUGGCAGAAUAGCACAAUUGACAGUGAGGAUGGAGAUCAGUUUGACAGUGUGACUGAUGGGGUAGCAGAACCAAUGCAUGGCAGCUUAUCUGGUGUGGAGCUGAGCAGUCAGCAAGCAUAAGCUCCUCGAUUCAGAAGUGUCAGUAAUAUGAUCCGAUCUACAACUGUCUAAACACUUUCAUUUCAGUAUGACUGCUAAGCUUAAAUUCUGACUGGUACUGCCUUCCAAGUGCUAGGUCACGGUGAGUGGUGUUCAUGGCCACUGUUACUCCAGUGGUUAAGGAUGCCGUUGGCUAAUCUUGCUUGAGAGUACUUGCUGGGAUGAGCACAGUAAUUUAAUGUGAAAACGGAUAAGCUGGUGGCUCAAGAAUGCACACAGAGAAAAGCAGAGGUUUAUUUUAUCUGCAUUUUCACCAUUUAUUUCACUCUUGUACAUGUUCAGUUGUAUGUCUUUUUAAACAUUACCCUUUUUCACGUGGUAGUGUGUAGGGCCAACAUACAAGCUACCAGUUCAACGUGUAUAGUAGACUAUGGGGGAAUUGAUUUUUUUCAUGUAUCAUUCUGAAUAGUUGAAAUGUAUAUUUGUACAGUCUUUUAGACCUAUUCAAGUGAAGCUUAUGAAAUUGUUCUUGUGUACCCAUCAUAGAUUUGUUUCUCUUUUUUAGUGUUGCCCUGCUGUGUAAUAAAUGCUGUAUUUAGUUUACCUAGCAAAAGCUUGAAACUGCUAUAGUAUGAAUUUUGACAAACUUAGUUUUUGCACAUAACCUUGUACAAUCUCGAAAACAGAGGCCAGCACCAUAAAAAAAUAUAUCUGGACUCUUAUUGUAUUAUAGAAUUUUCUUGUUCUGAAUAUCCUUGACAUUACAACUGAUGACAAACGUAUUUCAGAGCCAUUUUCUGAAAUCUUUUAAGCUAAAGAUGAAAAAUCACAUGCAAGAAACAAGUUUGCAGCUACUAAUUUUGACACCUUUUAGAUCUGUAUAAAAGUGUAUUGUGUUGAAGCAGCACACUUAAAACAACAGUGCUGUGUUUUGGAUAUUUAGUUUUAUCUUUAGUUAACACCAACAAGGUGUUGUAUUCAUUUAUACCAUCUAAUAUAUGACACACUGUUGUAGUAUGUAUAAUUUUGUGAUCUUUAUUUCCCUUUGUAUUCUUCAUUUAAACAUCUAAAUAAAUUGCUGUAUUGUGCUUACUGUAAAUAUCUGCUUUAUUACAUGCAAGUGCCAUGUUCCUGCCUGGGCAGUCCCACCUUGCUAAAUUUUGUGGGGUUUUUUUGUUUGGUAUUUUUUGUUUGUUUCCUAACAAUUCCUAAAAAAUGCUGCACAGCACUGCUGGGCAUGUAUGUAUAGUAUUUUCUUACCGAAUAGACUAAUCUCUUCAAGGACGUCGAGAAAUCUUACUAACCUAACUUUGUCUGAAUUUGUCUUGACUAUUUAGCAUUCUAGAAUGGUAGUUUAUAAAUAAAGUUGUAGUGAUUGUAGUUCUUUGUCCAUAGAAACAGUCCAGCAAUUACUUGUGUUUUUCAUUCAUUUACACUGAUGCCAAUGAAGAUCAGUUGCACGUAUUGAAAAAUUUCUUAGAACUAUGCCUGCUUCUAAAACACUACAUGUUGAGGGUGAAUGAUAGGGAAGGUGUGGGAAUAUCAUUUAAACAUAAAGGAACGUGCCUGCCUUACAAGCUACAGCCUUUUGGGGGAUGGGGAGAGUUUGAAAAAGUAAGUACUGAAAAACCCACAAAAAUCUAUCAAAAUGAAUGAUUGGUUUGGUCAGAUCAGUUCUGCAUUUCCUCAAAUGUGCAGUACAGGACAGCUGUCUAACCAGAGCGUCACUGAGACAGUUAUUUACUCAAGGGAAUCUAAUUGUGAUGAAAACCAAAGUAUACUUAACUAGAGCAAUGAGCUUGAUAUAGGUAUACAUCUGAUAAAAUGCUAAAAUAUUUACCUUCUGAUGCUUUACAAGGACUAACUUUACAUGUGAAAUCUUCGUUAAUGUUAUAAAGGAGGAAAUGGUUCUGUUCUUCAACAUGUUACACAGCAAAACUUUCAUAGAGACCUUGAGGAGACUAAUCUGUAGCCAUUUCAGGUAAGUGUAAACUGUACUUUCUACUAGUACAAUGAACAAGCCAAAUACCAAAAUAUGUGUGUUCUGUUCUGCAACUGAUUCAUGCUGCUGACGCUCUUUGGAAUGGGCAUUCCUGUUUUGUAUCUGAAAACAGCUAAGAUUGUUUAGAUUUGUCUUUUGAUCUUAUUUCCCCCCUUCACAGAAGGGGUACAUUCUUCAGUUCUUCCCCUGUAGCAGGUGUGGCUGUUGGGCUGGGCCUCAGCUAUACACUCAAGUGUUAGAAGAGAAGUUCUUGAUGUUUACAUCAGAGGAUGAGCUCCUUGUGCUUCUCUGCCAUAAGAGAAAACUCAAGUCUCAGGUCUUACUUUGUUACGAGACUUUCUGAAGUGUUUCCUUGAAAGUAACUUUUCAGUAAGUCGGCUGAGUCUAUUAACUACUCUCCAUAGAUGCUGGUUGGGUGGUGGUUUUUUCCAGCAAUGUCAACCAUGGGAAGUCGUGGAAGAGGCUAAUAAAAGUUGUUAAUGCCCCUUUCCCUUUUCUGUUGGCUGUUCUGUUUCCCAGAAUGCUACGGUCCGAAAACAGAACUAAAUUUCAGACUUCGUAGCACAUCACUGAGGCUUUAAGAGAUUAAAUAAUGUUAGAAAUACAAAACCUUGUAAUGUUAAAAAACUCUACAAAAGUAACUUUGUCUGCAUUUGCCUUUACUAUUAGUAUUCUAGAACACUAGUUCAUUUAAAAAAUGUAGUGAUCAUCGUGCAGUCCGGAGAAAAAGUCUAUGAAUUACCUGCAUUAAACUCUUACAGGAUACAGUACAACAACCACCAUCUGUCAGGCAGCAAAGUCAAAAAAUCUUAGAAAUAGGCAUCAUAUUUCUCAGUAUCUUUCAGGUUAGUUUCACAUUAGUAGCCUAUAGCUGAGGUCACGUUUCCAAAGAGAGUUGCUGGUUGACAUCAGUAAAUAUUAAGACUGAAGUAAAAACUUAGAAACAUUUUAUUUGCCAGAAAAUGCCAUGAUAGGAAAUACAAUCUUAUAUAGUGACUAAAGUAAAUGUUUUGCGUAAAAUUAGUACUUAACAGAAAUACUAAGGAAGACAUGUUUAAGUUAAGUUUUUAAAACUCCAGUAUUUCAAACAAGCUGCUGUUAAAAUCUGCACCUUAGCCUGGGCAAGAGUUCCUUUCUACACUUGAGGCAUACCACAAUUUUUGUAGUCGUCGUGAAGCAGAAGUAGUUUAUUGCAGCAUUAUAGUUGUGUGAGAUGGAAGAUAUCUGAUUUGUACGUGCAUUAUUAGAGUUCUGUGUGAGAACUCUAGAAGCAUGCUAGCUGUGCUUGCAGAGUAGCCAGCUCAGUCUGACCUGUUAAAUCAGUGCUGAGAAAAUGGUUUGUGCCCAGCUUUGGCCAGCAUAAUAGAACAGACAGAUCCCUUAACUAAAGAAUUUCCUUUAGCCAGUUUACCUGAAUUGAAGCAAAGUGAAGUGUGUUUUCAUCUGAAACAUUAUCUAUCUGAAAACUAAAGGCUUAACUCCUGAGAAGGAAGUGGAUGAUCAUCAUACACAUUACUUCUAGGUACAAGACAGCGCUGUGCAACAAAAACUUUAAGGAAGUGUGACCUGGUAAUUUGUCUUGACAAGUACCUGAGACUGGGAGGGACAGCCUGAGAAUGGUAGAGGUAUUUGCAUUUUUAAUGACACUUUUAGCUAUAUUUCUCUGGAUGGUCAUGGGGGUUCAUUAUUCCUGUAACUUCAAACCAUCCUUUCUUGCACUGACCUGCAGCUGAGAUGUACUGCCUCAGCAAGUACAGUUCUCUCAGUUGUGUUCCUACACAACUUACCUCAGUUUUUAUCAGAACCAAAAGAUUCCAGGAGUAUGGUGUCUGUACUGUCUCUUCAUUUCUGUUAAUAAAGCAGCUGAUGAUUUGAAAGGUUGGUAUAAUGAGUAUUUUGUGCCUUUUGUAAUUAGUUUCUUCUCUAGUUAAUACUAGUUAAUUUGUAGUAACCCAUUAUGAUAACCUGCACUGCACUAGGUCUGUCUUUUGCUUUGUAUUUUAAUUCACUUUGUCUUUCAUCACCAAUUCCACUAAUAAAUAUGUAAACGUUGAGUUCAUUUAUUUCAGCACUGGCUCAAAGCUCCAUCGAGCUUUACUUCCACCAUAAGCUUUUUUUUCCUUCUUUCUUCCUGCUUCCCUUUCUAGUAUUUGCACGUGACACAGGCAUUUUUAAAGCAAGAGCAUUUAUUUCUAUUUCUUCAAAUUGUACUAUUUGCAAAGCCAACUAUCUGAAAUGUUUAUCUUUCAGCAAUCUACCAUCUUGACCAACCCCUCCUUAUUACCAUAGUGAGAUCUUCUGACAAGUAUCUUCUAAGUAUAUAACCUUCUCUUUCUAAUUUUCCUUAUUCAGAUAAUUGUUUUUUGUCCACAUAGACCAAAAAAAGGCAAAAAAAAAAAAAAAAAAAAAAAGCUACAGAUAGGGAGAUGAAUAUUUUAUGUCAAGUUCUGGUUAAAUAGAAUCAUAAUUACAAAAUGGCACAUCCAAAGGUCCGU